GGUCAUGGGUGGCGGGGACGCGCGUGGUGAGCCGCACCGUUCUUUCUCCACGGCUGGGUCUAGCCUCGGCGCUUCUGGAAGCUGAGAGGGAGGCGUUAGACCUAACACACCCGGCUCAGGGCUCCGGGAGGCCUCGCGCGGAUGGCUGGUGGGUGUGAUCCGAGCCGUAGGUGUCUCUGGUCGCCAGGCGGAGCCCUGCUGCUGACCCGGGUAGACUGAACAGGAGGCGGAGGCUCUGGCGGAGUCACGGUGUCCUGGGACUGUCUCCUGACUGUCACCUGCUGCGAGGGCAGCGCGCCCAGCAGCCUCGGCGGGGGCCUGCGACGUGCGAGUUAAGAUACCAAACAGAACUAGCUAGAUGGCAUCCGAGGCAGAGUCCCGCCCCCUGGGCAUGUUUGAGUGCCAGCUCUGUGCCUUGACAGCUCCUUACAGCUACGUGGGGCAGAAGCCCCCAGACACCCAAGCUGUUGUCCUCCUGGAGGAGAGCUACAUCAUGAAGGAUCCCUUCUCCUCAGACAAGGCCAGGUUUCUGGUCCUCGGCGCGCGGUGCAGUGUGUGCGGCAGGCUGGUGUGUGUGGGCCCGGACUGCAGCCUGUUCUACUCCAAGAGGGUCUGCCUCCCCUGUGUUCAGGAGAAUAUCAGUGCUUUCCCUCAGGAAAUCCGGCAGGAUGUGGAGAAGAGAAAAGGCGUCUCCAAGAGACCUUCCAGCCAUCCCUGACUGGCAGGCACACAGCCUCCUGUGCAUUGUUGUGUUGGCUUGGCCAAGGUUCCGGCUGGGAGCUGUGUAUCUGGCCUUCUCUGAACUGUGACGUACCCGCAGCCCUCGGAACCGAGGAGCCGGCCAAGACUGAGGACAGACAGCAAGAGUAGAUCCAGCUGCAGCCCCAGGGCUGGCCUCUGGUGGAGGUCAGGAGUGAGGGAGAGGGAGCCUCCUUCAGUGGACAGCUGGUAGACAUUUCCUGUAGAUGUACCUGUGGAGACACCUCACUUCUCUCCAGGACUUCCAAGUACCAUGAUGUCAUCUGCCUGUAGGGAAAUCAGCCUCUGAGGGCCAGUGGCAAGGCCAGAGGAGGAUCUACAUCCUGUGCAAUGCCUGAGGAAUGGUUUAAACCUUGACCCUGUAGCAUGUUUAUAAUUAAAAACCUGAAGAAUAA